UACGGAACUAGCGAUAUAUAAACAGCCAGAUGAUCUAUUUUACCGGGCGGCUAUAUUUUCCUGGGAUUUAAUGGGCAUGCAAGGGAAAUUAUUAUGUUUUUAGUAUUUUAUUUGAAUUUCAAAAUAUUUUGUUCAUAUCUGCAACUUUUACCUGUAAUUUCAUGGGCAGAUCAGAUUGUCAUUCGUACCAAUUACGGAGCAGUUAGUGGAAAACAGAAAUAUGUACAUGGAAAGAAUGUUUAUCAAUUUUUAGGAAUACCUUUCGCCAAACCGCCCAUAGGUGAUCUGCGUUUCCAGUAUCCAAAACCGCCAGAUCCUUGGAGUCACAUACUGGAUGCUACAAAGCCGCCCAAGACCUGCAUGCAACCCUUGCCUGAAUAUCGUGAAUUUACUGAUGCUACGACACGUGUCUGGUUGAAUACAACAGAAAUGAGUGAAGACUGCCUUUACUUAAAUAUUUGGACUAGAGCCAACAGUAAUAAUUUUACACAUGAUGAUUUGGAUGCUGCUACGUUUGGUGCUGGUGAAUACAAUCCCCUGAUGCUUGAAAGUAGUGCUGUGUUUGGACCAAAAGGUGGACGGCCUGUUAUGGUAUGGAUACAUGGGGGAAGUUUAAUACGUGGUUCUGCAUCACUGGAAUUGUAUAAUGGAGCUAUUUUAGCUGGGAAGAUGAACGUUGUAGUUGUUAGCAUACAAUAUCGAUUAGGUCCACUUGGCUUUUUAUAUUUGGGUGAUAAUGAAGUGCCUGGAAAUCAAGGAUUAAUGGAUCAAGUCGCAGCUUUUCAAUGGAUCCGUGAAAAUAUUGCCUAUUUCGGUGGAAAUCCACAACAAGUAACAAUUUUCGGUCAUUCUGGUGGUGUGAUCUGUGUUGCACUACACUUAAUCUCACCAAUGUCUAACAAUUUGUUUCAACAGGCAAUAUUACAAAGUGGUUCACCAUUAGCUUGGUGGGCAGUCGAAAGUUCACAUACAGCUUUGGAGAAAACACGUUUACUAGCACACUUAAGUGGAUGUAAAGUUGCCUCUGGUGCAAAUGGUGGAAACUCAAGAGAUUUAGUGGAUUGUUUAAGAAGUGUAGAUUCAGAAACAUUGGUUGUCAAUCAAUGGCAUAUGCAUUUGUUACGUAAUGGAGAGAAUUCCUCACGAACUAUUCAGUUGAGAAGAUUGUAUCAAAAUAGAGCAAGUCAUCAUCUAUUAAGUACUGCUGGUUAUUAUUUCGAUGUUCCAUUUAAACCUGUCAUCACAGCACCAUUUCUACCUGAAUGGCCAUAUGAAGUAUUAGGUUCGGGUAAAUUGAAUAUUCGACAUCGUAUCAUGUUGGGAGUGAAUAAAGAUGAAGGUAUUUAUCAUCUUGUCCAUGGCCUACGUAUGUAUUUUAUGUCACCUGGAUUAUGGCCACAGAUGCCAAGUGAAUUUCGUCAUGAUACAGCAAUAAUGGAUCCGUUGGAUUUAUUAGCAUUUUAUAUUAUGGAUGAAAAUUUUCUCCAGUCAAUUUUACUACAGGCUACUGUAUUUGAAUACCAGAUUCCUAGCCGGGCCCUAGGAACUGAUAGUUGGACAUCAUUGGAAGUUGUCAAGGCGUUGAAUGAAGUUGGAGGGGAUUAUAAUAUAAAAUGUCCAGUUGUUGAAUUCGCUGAUUUCUAUUCACGUGGAGCAAAUGCACAGGUAUUUCUUUAUUCAUUUGAACAUCGAACAUCAAGUUUAACAUGGCCUAAAUGGACUGGUGUUAUGCAAGGCUAUGAAGCUGAAUACAUAUUUGGCGCUCCAUUCAAUCAAGCAUUUACAGAUAAAUUUUACAAUUUUACUAAUGAAGAAAAACGACUUAGUGAAGAAAUGAUGCGAUUUUGGACAAAUUUUGCAUCAACAGGGUCUCCAAAUUUAAAUCCUGGGGAAUUCCAUACACGUAACAAGGAGCUUUAUUGGGAUAGAUAUGAAACAUACUCACCACAAUCCGUAGCGAUUCUUAACGCUGGGACAUCACUGACGUCGAAUUCAGUAUCAGCGGUAGCAGCACCAGAGGGAACAUCUUCGUCUGAAACAUCUUCGUUAAAUUCACGAAUCGAUGAUUCACGUAAACAUAUGGUUUUUGCAUUGCCACGUUCAUAUAUGAGUAGAAAUCUACGCAGACAUCAUUGCAUGUUUUGGCGUGAACAGUUGCCAGUGAUGAGAGAAAGAAUUUUGUACAAUACUGCAUGUAGGUCUAGUCAGCAUACUGGGCAGCAAAGAAUGGAUAAUGUGAAAAAUUCUCAAGAAACUGUUGGCACUCUGUAUCCAAAUAUUAUGAGACCUUUCAGUCAAAAGAAUCAGUCUACAACAAGUCAAGCUAGCAGUAAUUUACGUCAAAUAAACAUUAGGCUUUAUCUUGUUUUAUCUGGCUUGUCAGUUUUUUACUCAAGUAUACUACUACUACUUUAAGGCGUUAUAUUCCCUAUUCCCAAAGUCCAUGAUAUAUCGGUUGUGAACUCCAGUUUUCGUGGUUGUGAAAAUUUUAAAAGAGGAUAUUCUUUUUUUGUCGUUAUUAGAUCGUUUGUUACACCUCAUUAUUUGUCGUUUUUCAUCUUGAAUUUUGUUUAUUUCUUCUUUUUUUGUUUGUUUUUAUAAUCAAACCAUUGAAAAGUUUAUUCCACACCAACGUGAUAUUUUUGUCAAAAAACAAAAUACUUAUGAUACAGUUGGUGGUACCCCUUAUUACUGGUUGUGAAUUAAAAUGAAAGGUUGUGAAAUCACGGGAUAAAAAUAAGCAUCCCUGCCAAACCCCACUCCGUUAAAGGUUGUGAUUUUCUAAUGGUUGUGGACAUUUUUUGAGUGAAUUUGCUUGACUUCGUCAUUGUGCUUAACUUUUUUCUCUAUGAUUUAUAUGAUAAUUUAUGAAUUCAAUAUAUUAUUCUGUUAGAUUUUGGGUUUUAUUUCUUUUCCAUUAAUAAUAUGAACUCUAUGAAACUUUCCCUUUAUAAUAUGAACUACUUAUAUACAUGUUUCAGUAAUAUAAUUUAUGUAUAUACAAUAUUUCUGUAUAUGCAUGUAUGCAUAAAACGGUUGUGAUUUCCACAUUGGUUGUGUAAGGAUUUAUUUCUACAAUUUUUUUUGCUGUAAUCCAGUUUUAAAUUUAAAAAUCAGUUAACCACCUUUUUGCAAAGCUGCAAUUUGUCUGUAUGCAACACCAGUGUUUCAUGUUAAUAUAUGUGUAAAACUUGGGCACUGUGGUAUUAAGUAAUUCCAUAUUAGUUUGAUUAUUAAAUGUAUCACACAGUGAAACAGUAUUGUAUACUGGAUGACGUUUCGAACACAAUUUAUUG